UCUCUCCCCACCCUCCUCCUCCUCCUUCUUCCAAAUAUGCUUUUUGCAAGUUUUGAUCUCGUCUCGGCACUGGCUACCCUCGCGGCGUGCUUGGUGUCACUGACUUUGCUGCUGGUGUUCUCCAAAAUCUUCAGUCAUGAGGCCCUGGAGAGCUAUCUCCCCAAGAUCCAGCUGGUGAUCAAAGACACCCUGCGCGCCUGGAGCAGCAACCCAGAGUCCAUCAACGUCUACCACGAGGCCCAGAAGCUCACCUUCCGCAUGGCCAUCCGAGUCCUGCUGGGUUUCUGCAUCCCUGAUGAGGAGCUCAGCCGGCUCUUUGCUGUCUAUCAGCAGUUUGUGGAGAAUGUCUUCUCCUUGCCUGUGGAUCUGCCCUUCAGCGGCUACAGGAGGGGGAUCCGAGCACGUGAGACACUGCAGAAGGGGUUGGAGAAGGCCAUCCAGGAGAAACUGCAGAACACGCAGGGCAAGGACUACGCUGACGCUCUGGAUAUCCUCAUAGAAAGCGGCAAAGAGCAUGGCAAGGAGCUCACCAUGCAGGAGCUGAAGGAUGGUACCCUGGAGCUCAUCUUCGCUGCCUAUGCGACCACUGCCAGUGCUAGCACCUCUCUGAUCAUGCAACUCCUCAAGCACCCGCGGGUUCUGGAGAAGCUGCGGGAGGAGCUGCGGAGCAAGGGCAUCCUCCACAAUGGGUGCAUCUGUGAGGGCUCUCUGCGGUUGGACAACAUCAACAGCCUCUUCUACCUGGACUGCGUCAUCAAGGAGGUGCUUCGCCUCUUCACUCCCAUUUCCGGCGGGUACCGGACAGUGCUGCAGACCUUUGAGCUGGAUGGUUUUCAGAUUCCCAAGGGCUGGAGCGUCAUGUACAGCAUCCGGGACACCCACGACACGGCGCCUGUGUUCAAAGAUGUGGAUGUCUUCGACCCUGAGCGCUUUGGGCAGGGCCGCAGCGAAGACAAGGAUGGCAGGUUCCAUUACCUCCCCUUUGGAGGAGGAGUACGGACCUGUCUGGGGAAGCACCUGGCCAAGCUGUUUCUCAAGGCACUGGCCAUCGAGCUGGCCAGCACCAGCCGCUUCGAGCUCGCCACCAGGACUUUCCCCAGAAUCACCCUGGUGCCUGUGGUGCACCCGGUUGACGGGCUCAAGGUUAAGUUCUUUGGACUGGAUUCCAACCAGAACGAGAUCCUGACGGAGACGGACGCUAUGUUAGGGGCGACGGUGUAGAGCCACUCCG